GGAAGAGCCUCUUAUUCUCUUAUAUGUGUGUGAGCGUGACAGUUGUCCUGAAAGGGUGUCCAGAAGUCAGGCCUUGUGAGAAAGCACAUAAUGGUGGACAUUUUUUCUCAUCAUCACUGAGCGUUAGAAGAGGGGUACUGGAUAUACGAGCACAAGAUGACUGAGAGCUGCACUGCACCAAAGUGGGAGCAGAUGUGACAAUGGAGUUUUUUUAGCAGCUGGGAUCUCAGAGGAAAACCAAGGGCGGAAACAUUGUGGUUUGUGAAUCUGGAUUUGGAAUAAAAGGCUCCUGUUUUCAUACAGAAAAGCAGAUGUGACUACAGACUGAGCCCAUGGCAUCCCCGGAGUCCCUUACCCCACAGCCAACAGAGUCUAUGCCAACCGGUCUGGCACAGACCCCCCAGCAGGAGGAAGAGGAGGAUGAUGAAGAUGAGGAGCAGGGAGAACAGUUUCAGUUUGAUGACAGUGAAGAUGAGAACAAUGCUGGUUUAAACCAUGAGGAGAAUAAGGACUUUGUAGCUUCCUCCGCUGAAACUGGCCUUCCAGAAGUUGCUUCAGGUGAAAGCACAAACUCCAAUGCACUUUACAGUCAAGCGGUGAAGCUUGUUCCAAUCACUGAUCAUGAGGAAUUAAAUGGAGUGACCUCUGCUGGUCAGGAGGGUCAAACUGUUCCCCAGCAUCCACCCAUAACAAGCCCAGAUAUGGUAGUUGGACAGCCUCCUUCUGGACAUUCUGUAUCUUUUGAGCCAAGAGUCACAGAGGAGGCAGAAGGCACACGGAAGAAAAACACACAUACAAAUGAAGGUUUACAUUCAAGACCCGAAUGCUACUAUACACCUGUCAUAAAGAAGUCUCCUUCCAUGUUUGCUCAGACAGGUCUGAAACUCUUAGGAGGAAAGCUUGCUUCUGACACAGAGGAGCACUUGCCCUCUUCUUCAUCAGAAGUAUUCCCUGUUCCACCCCCUGACACAGAAGUGAUUUAUGAUGAUGUUCCAUGUGAGAACAUCCCCUCUCCUGGUGCAGCUGAUGAUAUGAUCUAUGAGGAUGUCCAGAGGCCUGAUGAAUCAGCAGAUGCAGUGGAUAAUGGCUGGAGCUCCAGUGAGUUUGAGAGCUAUGACGAGCAGUCGGACACUGAGACCAAGCCACGGACACGCAGCAAGAUUUCCCCUGAUGUACGGCGCCUAAAGGAGCAUUGUGCCCGGACCAAACGUGAACUGGCCAUGCGGUUAGGUGCUCGAGACAUCAGCCAGAUCAAACAGGCCUAUGACACCAAGGUUCACCAGCUCAUGAAGGCGGCCCGGAAUGGCACUAAGGAUGGACUGGAAAAGACUAAAAUAGCCAUGAUGCGCAAAGUGUCCUUCUUGAAUAAAAAAGAAAACACAGAUGACAUAGAAGAUGAUACCGGUUACCUGGAUGUGACCGUUUCUGAAGUGAAACACCCACCACCUCAACUUUCUCCCAUGCCAGAGGGUCUCACUACUCAACAGACUGUAAGACGUCACAUUCUUGGCUCUAUUAUCCAGAGUGAGAUAAGCUACUUGGAUUCCCUGAGAAGGAUUCUGCAAGAUUACCAAAAGCCUUUACUAGAGGCAGAGCCACGUAUCCUGAGUACUAGAAAGAUUCAGCCUAUUUUCUAUCGGGUAAAAGAGAUCCAGCAGUGCCAUGCCAUGUUCCAGAUCGCCCUGGCCUCCCGUGUGGCCGAAUGGGACCAAGCAGAGACCAUUGGAGAUCUGUUCGUAGCCUCUUUUUCAAAAUCGAUGGUUUUGGAUGUAUACAGUGAUUAUGUCAACAACUUCACAAAUGCAAUGGCUCUUAUCAAGAAAGCCUGCAUGUCCAAGCCUGCAUUUCUGGACUUUCUUAAAAAAAGGCAGGCUGUCAGCACAGACAGGAUCACCCUUUAUGGCCUGAUGGUGAAGCCGAUCCAACGUUUCCCGCAGUUUAUACUCCUCUUACAGGACAUGCUGAAGAGCACUCCAUCUGGGCACCAGGACAGGCUGCCGCUGCAGCUGGCUCUGACAGAGCUGGAGACUUUAGCCGAGAAGCUGAAUGAGCAGAAGCGUCUAGCAGAGCAGCUCUCUGAGAUCCAGGAACUAACACGCAGUAACAGCGAUCGCGCCCUCAGCAAGCAGCUGAACUCAGAUCAGAAGCAGCUGAUUCUGUGCGAAACCCUGAUCGAGACAGUGUACGGGGACAAGGGGCAGGUUCUCAAGUCCAAGGAGCGCAAGGUCUUCCUCCUCAACGAUAUUCUCAUCUGUGCAAACAUCAAUCUCAAGGGGCAUCCAGAUAUCAGCAGCCUGGUUCCUGCUGGUCCAAAGUACAUGGUGAAAUGGACAGCGCCUCUGCAGCAGGUUCAGGUGGUGGAGGUGGGUCAGGAAAACUCACAGAACAAUGACAGUGUUUACCAGCCAAGCGGGAGCAAACGCCUCGGCUCUGCCGGCUCACAAGGCAAGCUAAUUCUAGGGCCACCCAAACUGUUCCAAGAACUGCAUGAGCUCCAGCAUGACCUUUCAGUGGUGGAGGAAGUCACACUCCUAGUGGGUACUCUACAGGGAUCCUAUCAGAAUCUUAACACAACAGUGGGUCAGGACUGGUGCCUGGCACUGCAGAGGCUCAUCCGUAUCAAAGAGGGCGAGAUACAGUGUGCCAACAAGUGCCGUUUGCGGCUAAUGGUACCCGGCAAGCCUGACAAGUCUGGGCGUCCAGUCAGUUUCACAGUGGUUUUCAAUACUCCCAGCCCAAUCAGUAAAAUCUCAUGGGUGAACCGUUUGCAUCUCGCUAAAGUUGCUCAAAAGGAAGAGAACUUGCCUGGUUGGGUGUGUGCCGAUGACGAUGGGAAGACUAAGCCUCCAUUCUGGUGUCCGCUCCUGGCUUGCCGAGUGCCUGUGUUCUCUCCAAAAGCUCAAGAUCUUAAGCUCCAGACGGCCCUUCACAAUCCGGUGCAGUGUACUCUGCUGGGUUUCUCUGCAGCCAGUACAUCUCUGCCUCAGGGCUAUCUCUGGGUGGCCAGUGGUGGAGAUGAAGCAUAUGGGCAGGUGGAGAUCUUCUCCCUGAAUAGGCCCACUCCACGCUCGGUGAAGACUUUCCUUCUGGCCUCACCUGCACUGAGCAUCGAAUAUGUCAUGGAGGCCAGCACCGAGGAAAAUGAAGGACAAGCAUCUGAAGGAGCUGCCAGAAUUGGAAACACCAUCUGUGUGGGGUUACAAGAUGGCAAUAUUCUAGUUUAUGGCAGUGUGGAUACUGCUGCCCAGUGCCUCCUGACCUUCCAAAACCCUGAAGGUUGUCCUGUUCUGUGUCUAACACACACGGACAACUUUCUCCUCGCAGGACUGACUAAUGGCAAAGUCGCAGUUUACAGCAGAAAGACUGCGGAAGCUCUGUGGGAUCCAGACUCCAGCAGACUGCUUGUGAUCGGAUAUGCACCUGUGCUCAAACUCCUCAAUAUAGAUGAGUGUGUGUGGGCUAGUUGUGCAAACCAAGUGGCUGUGAUUGACAGCUAUAAUCUCAGUACACAGAGCUUUGACGCUCAUCCGGACCCCAUGGUGAGCGUAACGCACAUGGUGCGGGCUGGUGGAGGAGUGUGGAUGGCGUUCUCACAGGGCUCGACUCUUCGACUCUUCCACACCGAAACUCUGGAGCACCUCCAGGAGAUCAACAUCUCAACACGAUCCGCAUAUCUGAGCCCAGGUCAGACUGUAUGUGUCACCAGCCUACUCAUCUGCCAGGGUCUCCUGUGGGUAGGCACAGCCCAGGGCAUCAUCAUCACCCUGCCAGUGCCUAAGCUGGAGGGCAUCCCGAAAAUAACAGGCAAAGCCAUGACUUCCUUCAAUGCUCAUAGUGGCCCUGUGGACAUCCUAGUGGCAACAUCCAGCAUUCUUUCCCCAGAGCUGUUGAAGCGGAACUCUCUGGCUGACGGGACUGACUCGGGUAGUGGUGGAGAGGAGUUGAGCCACUCUUCCCAGGAGUCACUACAACAGCAGCAUUUAGAAGGCUUGUCUCAGAAGGAGGCCAAAUCCAAAGGGGUGCUGCUUCAGUAUCACCUCCGCUCCACCUCCCAGCUCCCUGGCAAGCUUCUUACCGCUCAUCCUGAAGAGGUAUCCAAUUCCUCCCAGGAGUCACUGGAGCACACUACAGAGGAUGGUUCUAUCUAUGAGCUGAGUGAUGACCCUGAGGUUUGGGUCAGGGGACCAGGACCAUCCACAAAGGAUGGAACACGGAGAGAAAGGGUCAUGUCUUUCGCCGUUAUAUCAGGAGGAAGAGGAUUCCGCAGACUCAGUGCAGCUGGCUCCUCCUCUUCUACUUCCUCUGGAGGAAAUGAGACUACGCUCAUGGUUUGGCAGCUCCCACUGACAGUCUGAAAAAAAAGAAAUAAAUAAAAGACAGUGAAUUAUCUUCAGCAAGACAAAGAGGCGAACAGACCAAAACUCCUUCCAACUGGUUUAUCAGGACAAUAGUCCACCGUAUCAUCACUUAUAAAAUAUAAAAAAUUCAUAAAUACAUUGACAAAGAAACCCAUUUCAAAAUGUAAAAACGAUUACAUGAAAUUAUAUGUCCAAGCUGCAUGUUGUUCUUCUAGAUGGAAACCAGAAAUCAUUGUGAAUAUAAUUAAAAGGUUUGUGACUCAUCUAAUCAGUAUAAAUAAAAAAAAAAAACUGUAUUUACUGAAGGUAGCACUACAAUGGACGUAUAUCUGGAAACUGUACAGACAAAGAAGUAAACGUCAAAAUCUUUGAGUCAUUGUAUUUUAAGUGUUAUUUUCCCCUCUCGAUUUGUCCAGAAUGUGAAUUGAAGCAAAGCUUUUUUUUAAUUUUAUUUUAUUAUUAUUAUUCACUUGGCUUAGGUACUUAAUAUUGAUGGUACUUAUUUUACACUGUGUCACUUUGUUAAACAAAAAGAAAUAAAUGUGUUUAUGAUAAUUUAUAA